AACAAUCUACUUAAUUUUCGAAUGGAGUGGUAGUGAGAGGCUGGUGAAAAAUUCGUUGGAAAUGAAACAACCAUCGCCAAUUUUUCUGACGAUUGAGCGUGAUGAGGGAAUAAUUUCAUCCGCUAACUUUAGCCGUAAAGUGAGGAUGUAUCUAAGGCAGGAAAGAUUUUGACGAGGCAAACGGAGAACGAAACCAUCUUCAAGAGCUGAAUAAUCGAGACGGAGUUGUAGUACGGUGGUGAAGACCGCCGUAUCGAUGAACUGUAUGCCAAAGCAUUUUGACCCUUAGAAGUGUGGGGACCCCUUCCGAUCUCGAAAUUUAAUUUUACCGCGUGAUAUCAAGAAUUGCAGAUCGGAAUCCGAUCCGUAUAAGCAGCAUGAUCAACGCUGACUUAUCGGCAGAUGCGGGCAUUUGUGUUUGAAUAAUAAUAAUAAUAAUAAUUCAGAUGGCGCUGUAGGUCAUGUGAGUUGCGACGAACUUCACGCAACUCAUUCAACUGAAAGCACGUCGCGAGGUAUGAUCGAGACUUGGGAAGAUUCGUGAACUUUUGUUGAGAAAACACCAUUCCCGUUCUAUUCCUAAGAUUCUACGGGUGUUUGUGAGUUGAGAAAUGUGGUGAAAAAUGAACGAACUCAAGGUUAAAACCGUGCACUUGUUUGCCGCGUUAGCGACCCCAUGCAAAGCGUAACUUUACGUUAUCGGCCGAGUAAAACUGUGCGCGCUGCGCGUGGCUUGUGUUGUGUGCACUGAUCUCUAUGUGGUUGUGUGUCAUUGGUGUGUGAAUAGUAGCUAGGGAGAAGUGGCAUCUUUCAGGGACCUUCGCUGCGUUUUCCCCAAAGGAAAAUGGUCGCCAGCUGUCAUUUGGGUGAUGAGAUGUUCAGCGACACAUGAAAAGACUGAAAAGAGGCUCGAGAGUGCGGUUGUAAAUAUCAGAGAACGGGAGAAAGCGCGUGGUGAUGUGAGGCUGAACACGGCGGAAUAUAUAUCGUCAGUUAAUACGAAGAGGCCGCGCUCGGAAACACGCGUAUAAAAACCCUAAGGUAGUGCAAUGAAAACCCCGUCGUACUUCACUGUUUACAAUUCGUCCCCUGCUUGCGUCGCCGUCGUAUCGUGCGAUAGUCGAGAGUAUCCCGUGCGGUUUAUCGCCGUAAACAAUACCGCGCGUUUAUAAUCAAAGAAGCCGAAAUAGAAACCCCGGCGAAUCAUCGUGUGUUCUUUACCUUCCCCGACGACGCUCUCAUCGUCUCAAUGUGCUUAAAAUCGAUAAUUUUUAUUGACUUUUCUACCUAACCACCCCGAAGUCAACCCUAGGCAUAUACCAUUGCCUGUCUACUACUUGUGGUGCUGCACCGAAUGCGGAUAAUUAUUAUUUUCCUCAACAUCCUCAUAACGAACAAGUGAAUCAGCAUGGGUUCGAGCCAACAGUUCUCCUUGAGGUGGAACAACUAUCUUAAACACAUAACAUGUGCUUUUGACACUCUCAGAACCGACGAGGACUUGGUUGACGUUACUCUAAGUUGCGAGGGAAAACGUAUUAGAGCGCACAAAAUGCUGCUUUCGGCAUGCAGCACAUACUUCAGAGACUUGUUCAAGGAAAAUCCAUGCCAGCAUCCAGUCAUUAUAUUUCGUAAUGUCAAAUUCGACGAUUUGGCAGCGCUGGUCGACUUCAUGUAUCAAGGCGAGGUGAACGUCGUUCAAGAGCAACUUGCCAGUUUUUUAACCACCGCAGAACUCCUUGCUGUUCAAGGUCUUACCGAUGGGACGGGAAAGGACAGCGACAGCGUUAACGAGGAGGAUGCGGAUAUCCCUAACGAGCCUGAAGUCCAGUUAAAAAAUCCAGCAAGUAAAUUGCCGACCAGCAAUCACGGAUCAAAGUCGCCGGCAUCGCCACGAAACUUCCCAACUCUUGAUAUACAGUCGGAAACGCCACCUAAUAAACGACGAAAAUGUCGGGAAAGUAGCGGGGCUAAUACGGAAAAGGGGUCAACGGGUAACACGGUAUCUGCGAUAAAAGAAUCAGAGCGGAAGACUUUGGACAGCAACAAUACUCCCUCCGGUGAUUCGGUUGAAAUAAUUCCACUAAUGCCAAACCUCAAAUUGGAAAUGCCCGAGUACCUAGAACAGGACGGCAGCAGUUGUAGUUACGAGGAUCAAAGUGCCGGGGAGAGCUCGACAAACAGAAUCGUCCUCGACGAAACACCCUCAGACAUUCUCGAUCACGAGCAAAAGCCAGAUAUUAGUCACUCGUUUUAUUCAGCCAAUCAGUCAACCUCUGACACAUCUUUAGACAUAACGCAUCAAUCGGCCGAUCAGGGUCAUUUACUAUCAAAACCGAGUACGUCAGGAGAGAGGCUAUCACAGGAAGCAGUACAGGAAACGACACAGGAUACUGGAAGCGGUAAUACUGGUCCAUACGGUGACUUGGGUUCAACGAUAGACGAUGAUUUUGGUCAAUCUACGGACACUGAGUUAUUGUUUCGUUGUAGAAUAUGUUGGAAGGGUUUCAAGCACCCGAUGUCCUUAACGCUUCACAAAGAUCUUCACACUGGACAAACAAAGUGCCCGAUUUGUCAUCGUAUAUUCAGUAGAAGCUACGACAUGAAAGCCCACCUAUUGCGCAUUCAUAAAUGUUCUUUCAGUGUCGAUGCCAAGUUAAAUUUCCGACGGUAAUUUUUCCAAUUCAAUCUUUAACAAUGCGGCAAAACGAAAGUCACCGAGGAAUCAUAAUGAUUCAUCCUAGAAAGAAAUCCAACAGGUUUAAACUUAUUCACUUAUUCAUUUCAGUGUUUUUUUUCCUUUUUUUUUUUUAUUUGAAUACACGUUAUUUAUUACUGUGUACUUACAGCAUAUCCGAUUCGUCGGGAAUCGGAGAUACUGUAAUUAAGAAAAUAUUCUGUGUGUAUGAUUAUUUUACUUUUUUCCCACCGCAUUCGAACUGAUUUAACAAUUCUACUACACAUUUCAAUACUAAGCUAGUAUUAUUAAUAUUACGUGUUACGGUUGUAACAAUUACUAUUGUUAUGGUUGUCGUUGUCGUCAUCUUUCCACGAGUUGUCUCCUUUCAACGCACAGGCGUCAGGCGUUUAGCUAAUCAUUUUCCUAUGGAGGGUAGUUGACGUAAGGAGAAGUAUCUCAUACGGGUUUGGAACUGAAGAAGUGUCCAACAAAAAAUAUAAAAUAGAGAAAUGGCGCUAAUAAGCAAUAAGGGGUUAAAACCUGAUUGGCACUUUCGGGAAAUUUCCCCUCUAACUUGUAGACUCUUUCUAUGCACGGAGAUAGUCCUAUAUGUCUCUACCCUCAAUACAUUUUCCCAAGCAGAGCAGUGGAAAUACAGUACUACUUACCACUAAUUUAUUUUGUCAAAACUGACAACGAAACUUAUAAUUUAAAUAUUACACAUCGUACGUUGAGUACGACGAGUGUUUAUGCACCUACCUAAUAUUAUUCUAAUAAGCGUUACAAAUGAUUGGCUCUUGAAACGCAGUAUUUUCAUCUAUGUAAUAUUAUCAUCGUUUUAUUUCUUUUUUUUCUGUUUCACUCUUUAACGGUUCUUCGAAAUGGGAUUGAUCGUGAAAUUACCAAAAAAUAUUGGCAGACUAUAUCGUUGCAUGUGUAUAAUUAAAUUAAACCGGCUAGGCUGUUCAAAUUUAAUCUGGUGUACAUUGGGUAGUUCUUCUUCUGUUUCAAUUCUCUAAUUCAACGGUCUUUCACUAUGGAUCCGUCACGACUAGUCAUUGUGAAUUUUCAUAUCAGCCAACGUACCCAUCUCGAAACGUGUUCACAUUAAUUUAAAAAAAUAAAUAAAAAUACCACACAUCUCCAGCUUUGAAAACAACUCUUAGUAUUCUGCAAGAAAUCUUUCUUUCUGGUUGUCGGGUAACAUUAAAAUUGAAUGUAUGACGCUUCAUUGGGGUUAAACUUGUGAAAACAGUUUACUCGUAUUGAACAAAGAAAAAAAAAAAAACGCGAAAAGGAAAGAAACACAAUACAGCACGACUGUUCGUCGGAGAGUAAAAAAACUAGGUAUGAAAAAAAAAAAAAAAAAAAAAAAAAUUUGAGGAAUAGAAAAGACAAAAACAACAAACAAGUUAUGU